GUCAUAUACCCAUACUGGAGAGCCCAUACAUGCCAGUUGAUCAUUAGCUAUUACCGCUAUUACGAUAUACGUCAUACUUGAAUUUUAACCUAUGAGUUGUGCGUGAACCUAUUCUUUAUGGCGGUAAAUUGAACGUCCACGGUCCAGUUUAAAGCAUAAAAUCUGAUAUGACCGAGGUACUAGAAUCGUUGGAACAUUUGACCAUGAAGAGCUAUGACGACGCUGCUACGAACGGUUCACAUAACCAAAAGUCAAUCCCCAAUAGAGUUGGUCAGCAAGAUAACGAGAGCAAAUUUAAUUUCAUUCUUGCUGCAGAAGAGGCGGUAUCUCUUGAGAAGAACUAUAUCCUUAGCAUAUGCGCCACCAGUGAUCCAGAAUUCAGGAUAGCAGCUGCAUUCUCCGACUAUUCUUGUAACAUUUAUACAGUUGGCGAAACGUUAAGCAGAGUUGCCACAUUUGAUCAGAAUCAGUCUGCGAUCAUUGGGAUUAAAUUCAGUACCACCCAUCAGAGCCUGUUAUACACUGCCUUUAGCGAUGGCUAUAUCAUGUUGUAUGACUUACGUUCGAAUGGAAGGGCAGUGACGCAAUAUCAAGCUGACGAUUCAGAAGAUACUGUCAGACAGAUGAAAAAUCUUGCCAGCUUUGCAAUUGCACCGGACGAACGAAUAAUGGCAGGUGGAACAGAGUACAGAGAUGGAGACUCGUUUAUACUAUUCUGGGACACUAGAUACCCUACGAGUAAAGCUCAUGGCAAGAGAACCACAAUGGGAGGAUAUUGGGAAUCGCACACCGACGAUGUAACCACGCUCAGAUUUCAUCCUAUCAGGAGAGACAUACUAGCUUCUGGGAGUACCGAUGGUCUUAUCAACAUAUUUGAUCUGGCACAACCUAACGAGGACUCUGCUCUUAUGCAUUCCCUUAAUACAGAAUCGUCAGUGGACAGGCUUGGCUGGCUUGGUGAGGGAAGAUUGUGGUGUGGAACUCAUACCAAUGCACUGCAGUUGUGGGAUUGUGAAGGUGCUGCACCAUAUGCCAAAUUUGAGCGAAGCGCUCUCACAAAUUCUCAGAAUGAAGAGCCUGAGAAUUGCUACUUGGUUAAAAUGCACAGUGAUCCAGCUAUGACCAGAAAUUUUCUCCUAUCAGGUUGCAGUACCAAUAAACGUGAAAGCUUGAGAUGUAUGACGGUGAGGGAUGGAGAACUGGAAGUCUGUUGUUUAAUGACUGAAAACAAGCAAAUUGUUCGGGACAGUUGGUAUCAAGAGAAGAACAAUUGUUUGGUGACCGGUGGUGAAGGUGGAAUUGUGAGCAUCUGGAAGUACGAAGAACCCGAAUUAUUACAAUCUAAUUGCAAUCACAAAUUACACUCCAAGAUACAUAAGGCAAAAGGCCGGGAUAGGCUGCACAAAGUGAAACCGUAUUAAAAUAUGACCGAAGUUUCGUAUUCAUGAUAUCCUGUGCAAACGUUGAGGAAAAAAUUUUUUCUUCGAUCUUUCAAGAUUCUAAUAUUAUUUCUUUGAAAAAGAAAAUGAGCGUCGCAUGCCAGUCGGUCGAACGAGCCGUCAGAUCAAUGGUAUAUGUCAUCCUUAAUGUAUAAACCCACUGUAAAUCAAACAAGUAUUAAUUGCAUUCUUUUAUGUUCCUUCAUGCCAUCCGUACAUCCAAGCCUAUAUCACUACCCUAUAUCCAUGGUAUUUUGUUUAUAUGUUGAUAUGUUGGUUCGACAAGAAUCUGUAGCCCAUCGAACUUCCAACCCAUUGCAAGUUUUGUUUCUUCUCUUGAUUAGUUACAAUGAUCAUUUUUUUUUAGUUAACAAAACGAGUGAUCUGUUCAAGCUGCAGCAUUAGUCAUUUCGAGCUUCCGAUGACUGAAGCAAUUUUUAAAUCCAAAAUCAUUUUAAUAGAUUUUAAUAUCUUAGUUCUUGCAAAGAAAGUCUCAGCCAGGCCAAAAAACGUGAUUAGGGUUUGAUAAAAAAAAACAAUUUUUCUUGUAAUGGUUUUUUGUCUCUCGCAAUUCGUGACAUCUAUUUUUGUUGAGUAUGUCGCUCACAAGAAAACGAUAGAAAUAUUCGACCAGUUAAAGUCAUCAAAAGGGAAACAAAGUUCAGAAGAUGUUCGUUUACAAGACGGUAUAGUUUCAACAUUGUUAGUAUUUAUUAUCCUCACGUCUUUUUUAUUAAUAUUAUCAAUAUAACAAUUGUAUUUACAAUUACAAUAAAUAUAGGUAUGAUCUCCUCAGUUGGCUGUUCAUUCGAUGAUGGAUGAUUCGAUAGCGUAGCAUGGUAAGUCGCGCAAUAAUUACGGUCAAAAGUGUAAAUGACGUUAUGUAUUAGAAACAACAAGGGAACUUUGCCAACCAAUUAUCAGUUCGUCUAGUUAUACACAUCACUAGUGGUGUGAGCAUGGAAGUUAGAGCAAGAUUUUACAAUAAGUAGCCCACAAUCAAACUUCCAAGUAGCGGUUGUUAAAAUCGAAUUAUGUAUAACCGACAUCUUACUUGCCAAAUACAGGAAUGUUUCAUAGUCAUUUUUCUUAUUAAUUAAAUUUGUUAGCAGUAUGGUAGUUCGCACUGUGCCCGAAGUUAUACUGUAUACCUUUUGGUGUCGUCGAUACGAAAGUGCCGUACCAGUCAAUAUUCAACUCUAUGAUUCAACUUAUUAUUUGUUCCAUAAUUCAAUGAGAAUGAAGUUUUAAUAAUGUUUAGUAAUAAUAGGUAUUAGUGUACACCUGAUUAAAAGUGGAAAUUCGGUGCAAAAAUCCUGUCUGUCGACUGCCUUGCGAGUUAACAUUAACAUAUCGCGCAUACAGUUGUCUGUUGAAAUUUAGUAAUGUUGAAGUUAUGUUUAGCAAUAGUAACAAUAGUAUUAGCAAUGGUAAUAGUAGGGCGAUGAUUAUGCUCAACGGUUUUUCUUAGAAUUAGCGCGACAGCCCAACAAAAGUUCUUAGCUUACAAUUUCUACAAGUGUAUGUGGAUACGACUGGAUGAUGGUAUAAUACAAAAAAUCGUGGGUAUGUAUAGUGAUAUAUGAAUGAAGGCAUGUAUGUACGUACAUAAGUAUGUAUGCUUACAUACAUGUCGUCUAUCUAAAUAACAUAAUAAAAUAGGGUUAUCAGUCAAUAAUAUGGUACCGAUUACUAAAGCCCAUACCUCAAUAAUAAUUGUAAAUACUUAGAUGCAGAUUCCGACUAAACUAGUUAAGAAUAAACGUAUAAAAAUACCUUUUCCCAACAAGGUGGGAUGAGGAAUCUAAAUUGUAACGAGUAAUUGAUGAAACCAGUGCUGUGCCAAAUGAGUAAACCAAUUGGAAAAUGAACAUGAUUUCAUCAUAACAGAAUCUACUGUUUAUACGACCAAGACAUUAUUUGGUAGAUUCAACCUCCCAAGGCAGCGAUGAUAUCUCAGUAAAGGUAGA